UGAGGAAUUAUGACGGAAUUUGAUGCUUUCUCUAUGAAGGUAACGUCGAAAUGGUCCUUCAGAUGAAGUGUAAGCCUGUUGUUAACAUCUUGGAUAAUGUCUGGAGAUCCGAUACGGGAAAUUUCUCAUCAAUUUACUCUGGUGUCAUCUCUGGAAGCCGCCACUCGCACAGAAAGACGGAAUGCUGCAAAUAACAUCCUUCAGCAGUUGCGUUCGUCACAAGUCUUAAGUAUCAUUGAUGAGAACACUGAUCAAAAGAAGAAGAAAGCAUUGACAUGGGAUAGUGCAUUCAAGAGUGUUGGAAUAUUUGUUGUGUCUGAGGUGGAUUACAUCGAGAACCUUAAAACUAUUGAAAAGAGACAAAAGGAAAUUGUAACAUUUGUGCGAGGUUUCUUGAAGAAAGCAGACGAGCGAGGUCCUCGUUUGAAGGCAGAAGACGUAGUUGGUCAUUUUUUGACAAUAUUCAAAGAGCCUAGGUAUGCCAGCCGGAUGGGUCUUGAGUAUUGCAGGCACUUAAAGAACAUCCUGGCUGUUCCAUCAUAUCAGCGUGACAUCACCAAGAAGACAUGGAAAGAAUUGAUCCCUACAUUUGUGUCCUUUAUGGAGGGAAAACCUUGAUGGUUGUCAAAUGGACGACAAACAGUGGCACAGAUACUUGCUCUCUCAGUUGAGGGGGCAGCCACCCUUUACACAGUCAAGGGAAGCCAACUCUUUAAAUUUUUUGAACAGAUCUUGAGGGAGAUUUGGAAUGAUAGUAACAUUGUUCUUGUGGAACACAUCCUUGCUGCACUGAAUGCAUUUGUUAAAUCAAAUGGAGAUGACUGUCGCGGCCAGGUCUGUUGUCUUGGAGAAAAUGUGUUUCCUUGCUUGCUCACAAUGUGGAAAAGAACUCAGGGUGUAAAGGAUCACCUGAUACAGUUUAUGAGAAUGCAGAUUUGUGCUCAUCAUCCGUUUGGAGCUCAUGAAGAUUAUGAAGGAGGCUGGAGCAGUAGUGUCAAUCAUUGGAAGGAGUGUCUCCAAAGAUUAUAUGGAGCAGUUAUAGCUGAUAUAGAUCAGCUAAAGAACAAAGUGCCACGUUCCUCAAGCAUUAAAUUGGAUCCUGGACUCACUUCACAAUUUGUUGAGCUUGCUGCUGAUGUUUUCCAUCAGGUGUUCUGGAGGCAAACAAGUUAUCACAGUGUGAGUCUUGUGCGAGAUGUUUCAUCUGAACAAGGUUUGGAGUGUCUCCAAAGAUUAUAUGGAGCAGUUAUAGCUGAUAUAGAUCAGCUAAAGAACAAAGUGCCACGUUCCUCAAGCAUUAAAUUGGAUCCUGGACUCACUUCACAAUUUGUUGAGCUUGCUGCUGAUGUUUUCCAUCAGGUGUUCUGGAGGCAAACAAGUUAUCACAGUGUGAGUCUUGUGCGAGAUGUUUCAUCUGAACAAGGAGCAAAACGGCAGAAAAUUGAAGUUGGCUGGAAUGUUGCAAGAGAAACCUUAGACAGGAGCUCUGAAAAUUUGGUUUUACUCUCCUGGUUACAGAUCUUAGCUGUGUUAUUUGUAAAACACCCCUCAAGUAUCCCUGCCAACGAAUUUUGCCCUUUCUUUUCAAGUCUACUUCAGUUGCAAACUAAGUAUAAAAGACAGGAGACCAUCCUUUCUGUACUGAGUUGUGUUGAGGGUCUUGUGCAGUGUUAUUCACAGAGAAGAUUUCAGUUGGACUUCAGUCUUGUUGAAUCAAUUCAUCUGGUCCUGAAGAAGAUAUGGGCAACAACAUUACGUGUUGUUGGAAUCAAGCAGCUAACUGAUUCUAGUUUUUCUCUCCUGACUCUUUUGCUUAAGGAACUUGGUAAUCCACCAGACCCAGAGAUGUUUGGUGUUAUUUUGGGGAGUGGUUCUCCAUCAAGGUCUUCUCUGGAAUUUGUAGCCACCUAUUUGCAGCUGUUUUCUUUGCCAGAAAAUUACCAACCUCCUUCACCACUAGGACUUCCUGAUCCAAGUCAAGAUGCAUAUCACUUACGUCAUCAUCUUUUCAAUUGGCUAUUGCCUGUUUAUGAGGAAGGUGAUGAUUACAGUGAGGUCUUGACAUUAUUGUCCAGUAAAACAGCUAGCAGACUUCCAGAUAUUCAGAUGGCAGCCGGUGUUUUGGUAUCUUUGACACAGAAAUUCUCCACUGCUAUAGACAUUACUGGACUGGUAUCAUCUAUGAACCAGGCGUAUGAUUCAGGUGGUCAAGACACAGACGAAAAACUCAAACAGAUGCAAGAUGUUCUUCAGGAGGUGGGUACAAAGACCGGUUGGUGUCAUUUGGUGGGAAAGUUGUAG